UUGACAUUUCAGUAUCCGUUAUCCGGUCGGCGCUUGCGCAUAGAAGAAUAUUUAUCAUGUUCUAAAUUUUAUAGUUUUUGUUUUAAAUUUAAAAGAAAUAAAUUUCAAUUCAAUAAUUAAUAUGAAUAUAAUCACGAUAUUAGGGGCGCUUUUAUCUAGCGGAACAACUUUUGUUGGACCAUCGUCAGUGCCCAGAGGAGAAUAUGGAGAAAUUAAAAUAUUCCAGUCGCCGGCAACAUACAGCGUGGAAAGUAUGGUCCUGUUGAAUGACGUUAGCAGGCAGGAUAAGGAGGUUGGAUAUAAAAUCGCCGGUAGUUUGGAUGUUCAGCCCGUAUGGGGCAUUGACUCAGACUUCCUUUUGAAAUUCACUUUAAACUCUCCAAAAUUAUUAGCAAGAGGGAAACUAGUGACUGCAGAUUAUUUACCUAUUAAAUCUAUAUGGGAUCCUUAUUAUAAGACUGAAUUCUAUGCCCAUUGGAAAAAUGGAAUCAUCACUGACACCUAUUUGAAUCCUGAUGAAGUUACUGAUAUAUUGAAUUACAAAAAGUCUUUAAUAAGUCUUUUUCAGCUUCAAAUCAUAGAUGGAGAACACAAUGAAAUUGAUAUUUCAGGGGAUUGUAAUGUAUUGUAUGAUUCUAUUUCUAUGCAAGUUAUCAGAAAAAUUAAGACAAAAUGUAAACAUCCAAAUAUGAAAGAUUCAACCGAAGGUAUAACAUCUCGUCGUCUCACAAGGUACACAUUGAGCGAGAAACUGGACGCAAUUGAUGAAGUGCAUGCUGAAGAAUUACAUACAACUGGCUAUAAGGAGUUAAACGCUGCUAUAAAAGCACGUGUUUGGAUGCGCUUACGUCGAGACGGUGUACCACGGACUACAGCAACAAAGUACCCUGAUCUAGAAACUGCAUUAGCCGAGUUACCAUCAAAUCUGAAGCCAGUCCCAUUGCCUAUGCUCAUGACUGAUGAUAUACUUGAUGAUGAAUUGAGUUUAGAAGAAGCUAUAAAUGGUGCUGUGGUGGAGGGGGAGGAGGAGGAGGCAGGUGGGGGUGGCAGCGCACGCGCAGCGCAGGCGGGGCUGCGGGCACUGCGCGCGCUGCGCAAUGUGACACAAGAUAGGAUAGCUGCUUUACUGCGCGCGCAGCCUGACGCACGAUCCUUAACAGCAGUGUGUCGUGUGCUGGGUGCGGCGGGCAGUGCGCACGCGCACGCGGCCGUGUCUCUCGAGCUGCCAUUGGUGGAGCGCGACGCCCCGCCCCCCGCUACUGAAUAUCUGCACGCGUUAGCACUGGCACAUACACCUGAUGAGUCAGUAGUGGUGGAUGUACUCCGGCUGGGUACGGAGGCGAGAUCGGAGGUGGUGCGCGAGGCGGCGCUGCUCGCGGCUGCAGCGGGCGCGGCACGGCUCGCGAACCACGCUCCACACGUCACUGAAACUGUGCGGGAUGCGCUCUCCAAACAACUAGCGCGAUGUCUUGAUGAGGAAUGCCGUGCUUUAGUAGCGCGAGCAUUUGGCAACUUGCAGCGCGAGGACACAGCUGAGUUACUCCUCGAGCAAGCUGAACGUGGCGGAGGUGCAGCAUUACAUGCGCUUCAAGCACUACAAGCGCUACCAGCUACAGCUAUAGGACCGGCGAGACAACGUCGCUUAGCAGCGCUGGCGUCUAGUCUACGACCGUUGGAAGUGCGUGCUGCAGCGCUGGAUCUGUUCUUAGUGCGGGCGGCGCCGCUGCCUCCACCGUUAGUGCUGGCGCGGCUGUCGCGCGAGCUGCACGUGCAUGCGCCAGUCGAGCUGCGCCGGCUGUUCUGGCAACGCGCGCUACAGCUCGCGGAGGAACAUAAACCGCUAGCAGAUGUACUGGCCAUGUUGUCUCCGGAACAACGCGGCUGGAAUGCUUUAGCACUAUCCGGUACAUCAUCAGCGCUGGUGCGACCAUUAGGUGUGUUUGGUGUAGGUGGGGGGAGGUUGGAGUCGCUGCAGCUGACACCAGGAGGAGUGCUACGUCGCGGUACUGUACGUCUGGAUGUGGAAGGAACACCAGCACCACUGCUCGCUAUAGAGUUAUGGACGCGUGGUCUUGAGUCGUUGACGGGCGGAGCUAAGAGUUCCGAGGGUGUGGCAGAAGGUGGGGCCGAGGGUGUGGAGGAAGACAUGAGUGGUGGUCUGGCGCUGACUGUGGGCGGAGCGCGACUACCAAGUGUUACACUUUUUGAUGGACAGGCGCAGUUGUUGGGUCACGUGUGGUCGGGUACAGGCAGCACGCCGACGCCGGUGUUGCGCGCGCUGCAGCCGCUGAGCACGCGCAGCUCCACACUGCCGCUGCUGGCUGCAGGCGUGCUGCACGUGCAUUGCGACUCGGCGAUAGCACUCGCCUUAGACGCACAGGCGCAGGUAUCGUUGUGGUCUCGCACAGCACUGUCGGAGUUAGAGCUACGUGUGGGCGCAGUGGGCGGAGUGCGCGGGGAAUUGCGCCUAGUGGGCGGAGCACUGCGGGCCCACGCCCACCACACCGCAGAGCCACGCCUACGCGUUGCCGCACAUCUAGACUUCUACGACCGCAUGGCGCUCUGCGUGAAAGUCUCUACUGAGGAUCAUGUGCGCAGAUCAAACACCACACUGCAUUCUGAAUUGGGCAGUACACAACGUAAGGUACAUCGAGAGAGAUUACUCGCGGGCCCGCAUCCCGGCCGCACGCUCGCACUCGGACCACUCAACGACGCCGCCUGUAACACGCUGCUCGCAUAACUAGCACGCGAACACGCACCUCACCUCAUGUCACGUACAGGGCGUACGUUGCAGUGUCACGUGAUGUCACGUACACGUCGCAGUGUUACAUAACGUUAUGUGCACGUCACAUUGUCACAUGACGUUAUGUGCACGUCACAGUGUCACAUGACGUUAUGUGCACGUCACAGUGUCACAUGACGUCACGUACACGUCGCAGUGUCACAUGACGUCACGUGCACAUACGUGUCGCAGUGCUUCGCUCUGUGAAAUGAAACGCCAAAGCGCUAUAUACCAAAUAUUGUGCAACUAUUCAAGAAAAUUAACAUUCCUAUUAACUCGCAUUUAAAUACGUACAGUAGGAUAGUAGCGCUGGCUUGGCAUGGGCCGUUUUGGCACACUGGCGCCAGUUUGUGUUUACAUUAUGCCAGUACUGAUUUAUAGCGCUACUCCAACUGUACUGGCUAAAUUUAAACCCGACAUUUUUUUCG